AGCUAAUAAACAACUUCAAAAUCUCCCCCCAAAAAUUCCUAAUCACAAUUUCCCCAAAUUGCCGCAUCAAGAUUCAGCACACACAUAUAUAAGCAUUGAUUUGGAAAAUUCCUGAAAUCGACUGCGCGAUUCAAUCAUGAGGAAGCGAGAGAGAGAGAAUCCGUGCGGGAUUUGCGGGCACUACCACAAGUACGAGGAAGGGGAGGUGUGCGGCGUCUGCGGCCACCGCAUGGCCGCCGUCGCCGACCAACCCGCCGCGGCGGCAGUCCACGUCAGCGCCUUCCCGUCGGAGAUCCUGCCCGAGUUCCUCUACUUGGGCAGCUACGACAAUGCUGCCCGCGCUGAGCUGCUCAAAACUCAGAGCAUCUCUCGUGUUCUCAAUACUGUACCUGCCUGUCAGAACCUGUACAAAAAUUCAUUUACCUAUCACUGCCUGCCAGACGAAAAGAGAUUGCCGUUUGAUGAUGCAAUCCAGUUUCUAGAGCAAUGCGAAAGAGAUAGGGCCCGGGUUCUGGUGCACUGCAUGUCAGGCAAAAACAGGUCACCUGCUAUAGUAAUUGCUUACUUGAUGAAAAGCAAAGGUUGGAGACUUGCCCAAAGUUAUCAAUGGGUGAAAGAACGAAGACCGUCUGUCGAACUAAAUCCAGCGGCUUACGAGCAAUUACAGGAGUUCGAGCAAAAGAUCUUCGGCUCAACAGAGAACAGCAACAUCGUCCUGCCAAGUUUUUCGUCUCCCAGCCAGCCUCCCUUAAGCUUUGGCUUCUCAAGGACUAACGAAACGCCCACUCCUGCUCCAGCCUUCAUAAACAACACUGUCUCGUCAGUUUUCUCCCAUCCCCCGUUUGAAAUCCCUCAGGAGUUCGCCUUUGGAGCCGGGCAGCCACAGACGGGCGCCCAAAAUGACAGCCCAUUUAGCGCCAACACAAAUCCUCCACCUGCCAACGACAUCACAAUGGGUGGCUCUUAACUGGUUCUGAUUUCCACAUCAUGACAUUCGUCUACAACCAUUAGUUCUCAGUCGAGCCCCGUGGCCUAGUACGAGUUAUUUACACGCAAAGAUUGGAAUGUAAAGAGGGGAGCAACGCUUGGGAACUGACGAAGUUCGGAUUCUUCUUUGCCUCUUUCGGUCUGUAUCUUGUUGACACGAUAACGAGAAACGGGUAAUUGCAGUUUGUGAAGUACAUUUCUCGAGCUCGCUGUGUAUCCAUUUUUUUCUAUAGUUUUUGUUAAACAAUGGGUUCAUAUAUAAGGAUUAGUACAUGUUGAAUUUCCACAAAUUAAAGGAUAGUUCAAUGUACUGAAUUUUCAAUCUGAAAGUUUGCUAUUUAUCAGUUAAAACUGCACCUUAAAAUUUCCAA